UUUGGGUUGAAGUUGAGGUUGAGGAGAGAGCCGAGCUAGCGACGAGCAGUCGUCGCGGCCGCGGGCGCCGCGGGAGGUGGUGGAGGCCCCGCCGGAGCCGAGAGGUCUCUCCUGCCCGUCCGCCGGCCCGGGCCUGGCCCCUCGCCUGCCGCCUCCGCGGCCCGGAACUCCGGGGCCUGCCCUAGGCCCCCUGUCUGCACUCCGCACGCCGCAGCGCCCAGCCCGGGCCGCGCCCGCCGGCCCCAUGAGGAGGGACGUGAACGGAGUGACCAAGAGCAGGUUUGAGAUGUUCUCAAAUAGCGAUGAAGCUGUAAUCAAUAAAAAACUUCCCAAAGAACUACUAUUACGGAUAUUUUCUUUUCUGGAUGUCGUUACCUUGUGUCGCUGUGCUCAAGUCUCCAGGGCCUGGAAUGUUCUGGCUCUGGAUGGAAGUAACUGGCAGCGCAUUGACCUGUUUGAUUUCCAGAGGGAUAUUGAGGGCCGUGUAGUGGAGAAUAUUUCAAAACGAUGUGGGGGUUUUUUACGAAAGUUAAGUCUUCGUGGGUGUCUUGGAGUAGGAGACAAUGCAUUAAGGACCUUUGCACAAAACUGUAGGAAUAUUGAAGUACUGAAUCUAAAUGGAUGUACAAAGACUACAGACGCUACAUGUACUAGCCUUAGCAAGUUCUGUUCCAAACUCAGGCACCUUGACUUGGCUUCCUGUACAUCAAUAACAAACAUGUCUCUAAAAGCACUGAGUGAGGGAUGUCCGCUGUUGGAGCAGUUGAACAUUUCCUGGUGUGACCAAGUAACCAAGGAUGGCAUUCAAGCUCUAGUGAGAGGCUGUGGGGGCCUCAAGGCCUUAUUCUUGAAAGGCUGCACACAGCUAGAAGAUGAAGCUCUGAAGUACAUAGGUGCACACUGUCCUGAACUGGUGACCUUGAACUUGCAGACUUGCUUACAAAUCACAGAUGAAGGUCUCAUCACCAUAUGCAGAGGGUGCCAUAAGUUACAGUCCCUCUGCGCCUCUGGCUGCUCCAACAUCACAGAUGCCAUUCUGAGUGCUCUAGGUCAGAACUGCCCACGGCUUAGAAUAUUAGAAGUGGCAAGAUGCUCACAGUUAACAGAUGUGGGCUUCACCACUCUGGCUAGAAAUUGUCAUGAACUUGAAAAGAUGGACCUGGAAGAGUGUGUUCAGAUAACAGAUAGCACAUUAAUCCAACUUUCCAUACACUGUCCUCGACUUCAAGUAUUGAGUCUGUCUCACUGUGAGCUGAUCACAGAUGAUGGAAUCCGUCACCUGGGGAAUGGGGCCUGUGCCCAUGACCAGCUGGAGGUGAUUGAGCUGGACAACUGCCCGCUAAUCACAGAUGCAUCCCUGGAGCACUUGAAGAGCUGUCACAGCCUUGAACGGAUAGAACUCUAUGACUGCCAGCAGAUCUCUCGGGCUGGAAUCAAGAGACUCAGGACCCAUUUACCCAAUAUUAAAGUCCACGCCUACUUCGCACCUGUCACUCCACCCCCAUCAGUAGGGGGCAGCAGACAGCGCUUCUGCAGAUGCUGCAUCAUCCUAUGACAAUGGAGGUGGUCAACCUUGCUGAACUGAGUAUUUAAUGACACUUCUAGAGUACGGUGGAGUCUCUCCAGUGGAAGCGACCCCAGUGUUUGGGGCAAGGAUUUCAAAGUGAGGGAGGGUAGUGUCCAGACCCUCAGAGCCACACAAACGUAUGCAUACACACCCUCCCCCCAUCCACUCUAGCUCUGUGACUAUGGGACUGAUGUUCGUGCUGGCUUUAUCAAGUGGAUUGGUAAAACUUAACCAUUCCGAUUGGACGUGCCCAGAAGAAAAUUAUAGGCCAAGGUAGAGGGAGGGAGCAUUCCAGCAAACCCAGUGUUACUGCUAUUAUGGUUUCUUUACUUUGUUAAAGGGUUUCUUUGGGGAUUUUUGGAACAGCAACUGCAGUCCUUGGGGAUAAGGAAAGCAUGGAAAAAUAAUAUAUGAUGUGUCCAGGGACCAGAAAGAAAAUUUCUUUGCAUCUUAGAAAUGGUAGCCAUCCUUUGUGAGAUGACCACAGAGCUUCUGUGCUUCCUUGUUUCCAUGCCAACAUGCUGAGCAUGCUCACAAAGAAGGCGCGUCCAUUCCUCUUGUGUUUUAGUAUUUGGCCCAGAGGUUUCCUAAAUAGUUACAUUGGAAUCACUGUGGUCUGAAUGUGAUUACUUAUUCACUCAGUUGUCAAUGUCUGUAGCAUACUUGUGCACCUGUCUUCCAUUCUCUGUUGCUCCCGCCCGCACUCUUGCUCAAUCUGUCACCUGUUCAUAGUCUCCUUACUCACACUCAGUUAUUACUCUUUUGCUGUUGUGUUUACAGUUUGCAUUUUGGAUGAUUAGUUGGGGUUACCAAACAUUUUUAAAAGACAUUAUCAAUAAAUAUUUUUUUAAUUCUAAAUUUUACCAUUGGGGGACCCUGCCUGAAUCUUUGCCAAUUUGAAAGGAAACUUAAAAAAGCGAAGAAAAAGUAUGAGAAAAAAAUGAGAAACACUAUUUUGAUAAAAACAAACAUUUGCAUUUUGAUUUCUAUUGUAUCUUAUGACAAAUGAAAAUUUGCAUGAUUUGUCCAGUACUCCCCUUGCACAUUUUUCCUUGUAUCACAUCCACCGACUUAGAAAAAUGCAUUGUUAGUGGAGAGUGAUACGACAGACACCAAAACUGAGCCUAAAAGUCCUCACCAGCUGAGAUGAGAUACUGAUGAUUAACAUCAUCAUAUGUUCACUGGAACUUGGUGUGAUGAGUGGUUUCUCUGAACUUGCCUUAGCAGGAAUGCUGCAAGAGGGGCUAUGCAGUCUAGCCACUUGGUUUCUCUUUUUGUUCCCCCUGCCAGGGAUACAAGAAUGACCCUAUAAAUAGCUGGUCACUGUAUGUCAGUGUUAACUGUAUCUUAUCCAGUGUUGGUCCUCAGAGAACCAGGACCUGUCAGCCAUGUCACUUUGCUAUUUCAGACUGCCCCUCAGUGGAAUAUGAGAGUAGCCAGCUACAGGCAUUGGGGCAGCCAAAAAAUAACUUUGGCAAGAAGCAGAGGGUCCAGAGUCCACAUCCAGCUUGAGCACCUGGCACCAAAGCUGAAGGAAGAGGUCCAGUGCCUAGGACUCAGAGUCUAAGAAUCAGCCCUCCUUGCCUAAAUAAAUAAAUCAUAGAGGAUGAGGGAAAUCCGUUUCUAAAGCACAAAUUUCUAAAUCCCAUGAUUGGAAACUUGUGAGGUUUUUAAUAGGGUGACGGGGGAGGGAACCGUCUUAGGACUUUGUUGUGCAAUCUGCCAUUAUCUUAGAACAUCUUCUGCAUGACCCAGACUGUGAAAGGGCUUGUUUUCAUGCCUCAGGUGCUGGUUCUACCAGCAUAUGGAAAAAUAAAGUCUGAUUGACUUCUCCAUUGAUUUCGAAAGCAAUCAGUUGAAAAGGUCCUAGAAGUUUGUACUAGCUAUCGUUAGCAUAUGAAAUUUAUUUUAAAUCAUCCUUUAUUUUUCUCCUUUAAAAACUGACAAUUUACCUUGAAAGGAAUAUACUUAAGACUCACACACUUGGCUGUACCCACACACACACACACACACACACACUUCCCAGUGUGAUUUGCUAAUAUUCAGAUGCCCAUUCACUCAUUCAAGCAAAGGUAAAAGAAAUAUUUAGGGGCCACCUGCUCUAUAAAGUUUUUAAUUUCUUUUCAAUGCCAGCAAAAACUUACCAUAAAACUUUGAUUAGUGAGUAUGGAUUUGAAUUGCUCAAGUUAAGGUUAUUAAGGUAGUUCCUUACUUAAAGGAUAAACCUAAAGGACCUUCUAUGCCAGUACAGGAAAAGUCUUGAAUGUUUCUCUCCUUGAAGGGCAUCCCCAUAUACAGGUCCAUGUGGACUGGCCCUGGUGAUCCCUGCUGUUAAGGCAAAUCAAUCCCCACCUGUCUGGGCCGAGAACAGAAUCAAGUGAGAAAGAACAAGUCCCAGCGCUGUGCAGCACUGGCUUGUCUGUGAUCCAGAGCCUUGUUUCUUUCUCACAAAAAACUUCAGGCCCAUCAUAUUUGGAAGAAAACGUAUUUAUGCUGAUCUUUAGCCUACACCAGAUGAUGAAUAUGCUAGGAGUUUGAGAACACAGAAUAUGGUAAGUUCUGGCCAGGAUCCUGACAUAGGAUGCUUCCUGUCUCAACAGCUGGUACACUUCUGAAAAUUCAUUAAGGCUUAAUGUAGGAAAAGUUCUCCUUAGGAAAAGCUUAUUGGUCCAUUUGUCUAAUACCAUAGCCAGUCCAUAAUGUACCUUUUAUAAUGGGAAAAAAAAACUGAACAGAGAGGAGACAGUUGCUAAGUAAGAUGGGACCCUCAGAGCUAUUACCAUAAACCUACAGGUGACCAGGAGUAAUUAAGAGUGGAGAAAGUUCUUGAACAUCCAGACCAAAUUUUGCCUGAGCAACACUUCCCCUACUCUCAUCCAUCAUCCUUCCCAGCAUGCUUCACUGGUAUCUUCUGCAUCCCCCUCAUUGGCCCCAUGGAGGUGAUUUCAGCUUUUUCCCCUACGGAUUUCCACCAUUUCCUUCCCAUACCCAUCCUUGCCCUCUGUUUAAAGCUUCCAACUCACUCCAAUUAAAGCUGCUGAUUUGCUUCUCAGAUUUGUCCAGUCUAGCUUUCUCUUUGGGCCCUUGUCCCCAUCAAAGCAAACUUUAUAGGCAGCCUUGAAUUGUUUAAGUGUCAGGUGGCUUAGAUCAUUUUUCACUGGGUGGUUUCUGAUGUUUGCUUACUAAAUUUGAAUUAAGUAUAAAAUCAAACUAUUGGAGAAGGGGUUCCUGCUUCAGCUUUUUUUCCAGUAUUGGGUAUAUUUAAAGCACAUUGUGCUUUGUAAAAGAAAUGUUUUCCUGUUCUGCUCCCUCCUUUACUGGAUGUAAAGCUUGUCCUUAAGUGGAUUUUGUACUUUCCUGUCUGAUUUCCACAGCCAUUAAGUUGAUAUAGUAAACAUAUAAGACAAAAAUUUCACAUAUCCUGAAGGAACCUGGUAAAUAAUUUUAUAAUGCUUUAUUUGGGGCUUUCCAGAUUAUUUGAAUAGUUCAAUAUAACCAUGAUGCUACAGUGAUCAGGCGAGAGCCAGACUCUUUCAUUUCUUCCAGUUGCCUUAUCAAAUGCGUUGUAAGUGUUUUGCUGGUCCACUAAUGCUCUGGGAGACUAAACGAAGCAUGCAGUGGAACCUGCCUUGGUUUGAAGCUGUUAGGAAGUGUGAGUGUCACUGGAAAGAAGAGGGCGGUUUCCUGCCUGCCUGCUGAGCAACAGAUCCUCAGGUGACUGUGUUAAUGAAGAGGAGCCCUCAUGGCUCCUGGUUGAACCUUGACCAUUGAGUGUGUAUUGUGCCUGAAGUCAGACUGCUCGUGCAGUUGCCACCAGAGGAAGGAUUUAAAGGCAGCUGGUCUAUUCUGCCUUUCCUCUCCUGUGUGAGUGAUACAAGGGCAGGGUACUGUCCCUAUGGAACUUCUUGGCUGACAAGCUCUUUAAAUGGUAUAUUCUGAACUCUGGAACAUUUUACAAAAAGAUUACCUUCUCUGUCCACCAGUUCUACAAUCGCCAGCCACCUCAAACCCAGGCCAAGCCCUGUUUGCAAAAAGGUGUAUGUUGUUUGGUUGAAGGUCAUAAGAAAAAGCCCCUUCUCCCUUUACAAUGAUUUUGAACCAAAGAAUUCUAAUGCAUUAGGAGGGUGAGGGGAAAUCAAGAAUCCCAGCCCCAUCUCACCUUUAUUUUUGUUGUAAGUUUUAAUUGUAAGAUUGGAAGGUACAGGAAGCUGUAUAAGAGCAUUUCAUUCUUAAGCAUGUCAGUCCCUGAAGCCUUUGACCCGUAAGAAAGUUAGUACACAACUUCUCAGCUGAGUCUGAGUGAAUCUUUGGCACCCACGAGGCUUACAUUUAAUUUAAGCAGAAAAAAGUGCUGGGCAAGCCCACGUGAGCGCUGACAGUCCUUGCGGAUACGCACGUGUUUGGUCUGCCUCGUGCUUUUUGAGCAAGCCCUUGAGAGCUCACUGUGCAGGUGUUGAGUCUCAGUGCUUCCUCAGCCAGAGGGCUUUAUUGCCCUGCGAGGGAGAGCUGUGAGCCAGCAGAACCAAAGCAGUGGCCUUUGUAUUUCGCAUGUUUUCUAGUGUCUUAUUUUGAAGACUUGGCAUGGGGAGAGGGGAGAUGAAGUUCAAAGUAAAGGAGAAUUGGUUCUGGAACUGGGGUACUUUGUAUCAGGAACAGCAUCUGUCCUGGACAUGUAGCAACUGCUGCCUUACACGUGGGUACAUUGACUUCUGAUGAACUCCAUGCCUUGGAGGAUAUCUUUUCCACACACCUAACCAGGGCCAGCCAGAGGGGAUUGGCACUACUGACCAAACCACUGCCUACCAGCUGCUUGGGGCAUGGUUUUGGUACCAUGGCAAGAGCAGGUGGGCAAUAAGUGAGAAUCCACACCCUAGGAAGAGAUGGGAGAUGUGAGGCACCCAGACAUGCACCUGUGCUGUUCUGCCACUGCCCCAGGAGUCCAGGGGAAUCUCUGGACUGAUGUCUUUUUUGCUAAAGUGGGAGAAAAAUAGCUGUCUCUCCAAGUUGCUCCUGUCAUUGUCUCCUCCUUCUUAAUUCAAAGCUGUGCCGCACUGCCACUCACACGUGUGUUUCUUCCUUAGCCUGGCCAUUCUCAGCCCCUGAAGUUAUUAUUCUACUUUCUCUACUUUUAAUAUGGCACUGAAGAAUGAGAACCUAAAGUCUUAGAAAAUCGGAACUUGGGAAAAAGAAGUCUAACUGGCAUGGUUUGAUUAAUUCCUUUACCUUUUCCCCCGUAAAGCAAAGUGAUUUUCUUUCCUAGUGCUAUAUAAUAGGUCUUUAAUAAGUGAAACCUUUGCUGCUACUGUCCUGGGUUUACAUCAGUUUUUUCUUUUCCUUAAGAGUAAUUUCUAUUCUGUACUCCUUUGAUGACUGUUAAUUUCUAUUAAAUGCAGGAAGGGGUGAGCCUGUGGUGUCUUCUCUUACUGCCCUCCUCACCCUACCACCAAAUUACACACUAACUUCUAACUUGCGGAGCCUGUUGGCAUGUACAUGAGAUCCAUGGAACAGGCUCAUCAGAAGCUACCCGUGUCCUUUCUCACCAAGCUGUAGCCCUCGGAACCGGCGCCUGAGACCUACGACUGCCCACUCCUAAGGGUUCCUGUGGGGGAGAGAGGCCUUCUCAUUCUGCCUUUCUCCAUUCUUGUUUUCUGACUUGGCCUUCGGAUGCUUCCCACUCUGGCCUCCUUCCUUUUCUCUCCAGGAGUUUGUCCAGGUAGAAUCGCUGCUGCGUGCAUCGCCCAGCUGCUCUGCUCACCUUUGUCCCCUUCCCAGUGACCCUGAGAGCGCAGACCUGAGUACCAAGGCCUGUGCAGAGCUCAGAGAACUGUGAGGACUGCCCCUGCCUGUCAGACUCUGCUCGGGGUCUGCAGAGGUGGAGGGGGUGGUGCUGCCGGAGACAUUCUUAUCUUCAGACCAGGCUCUGAUCCCUGUACUCCUCCCUCCCCUGAAGGGAGUGGACGUUUGGCCUUCCCCGGAGUGCUGCAGUGUGCGGGAGCUCCUGCUGGCUGCUUUCUCCAGACGCCUGGCCAGCCCCUGGGGCCCGCAGUUGCCAUUGUGGCGACUUAACACAGGGUUCCAUUAGCUGUCCAAGGGACUCUGUUCCAGCCCAGUCCUGGCACCUGGGGGUGGAGGGGAGGGGGAUAAUGCAAAUGAAUAAAAUCCAGAGUGGCAGUAGAGGAUUCCUUUUGCUUUAAAAUCUUUGAACUAAAAAUAAAAAAAUGUUUUUAUAUAUAAAUAUAUAAAUUGUUAUGUAACUAUUAUUGUUUCCUGUAUGUUCUAAUUUUGUUUUAUGAUGUAAUUAAAGGAAAUAA